ACUCGAUAUACAUCAACAUGACGCAAUCAAAUGUAUUCUAGGUCAUAAAUAAAUAGAAUAUAUGAGUUAAAUUCAUUCAAGUAUUCUCUCUCACCAAGAAUUCCAAAUUUAUUUGAUUUGAUUGGUAAGACAAUGUAUAUAUGUACUUAUUUAUAUUCUGUGCACCCAUAAAGGAUUACUUAUAACUUGGAAAUAACAGGUAAUGAAUAAAACGUCAUUAAAUCAAACCCAAAUGGUGUACGAACGAACACCUGAAUUCAAAAUUCCAAACAACACCUUGCCUAUGUAUGCAACUCCGCUCCACUCAUCGAAUUCAGCUAAAUGCAGUGAACUCUGUCAGUACGACACACCAAACAUAUCACUUAAUUUGGCUACUUUAUCGCUAGAAGACUAUGACAAAACUCCAACAACUGAUAUCUCAACAAUGAGAAAUCGAUAUUCUCGAAAAAGCUUACUUUGCGAAUUACCGGUCUCCGAUUGUUCACAUAGAAGGAAUUCGUAUGUGGAACGGUGUCACCAUGAUUUUAUUAAUGAUGAUCAUUGGCGGAUUGUACGCUAUUAUUUUAUUGAAUCUAAACGUUUACAAAUGAAUAAAAAGCUUAUUUAGAUGAUGAAGUGAAUCAUUCCACCAGGUUAUAUCGUAUUUAUAUUGAUGAAAACGGCAAUAAAUAUUCAUUUUUUUAAUCAGUUGUAUUAUUUUCGAACAAUUAAUUUGUAUAAAAUUUGAUAGUAGUUUUAUUUUAAACAUUAUUUAUCACAUAACUAAUGUAUUUUCGAAAUGGCUUUUAUGAAAUAAACACUCUUAACUUCUUAGUGUUUUUGAAAGUCACUGUAAUUUUAAUUUUGCAUAGACGAAGAUCAUUUUGUAUGACCGUUGCGAAGUUUAUGUGAAAU